CGGAGAUUCGUCCGUUGGCGAGUUCGGCGCUUGUGUCGUUUUUUUAAACCGUCAACUUCACGCGAUGGCGCUCGAAACAGUCCCCAAGGACCUGCGCCACUUGCGGGCUUGUCUUUUAUGCUCUCUUGUGAAGACUAUUGAUCAGUUUGAAUAUGACGGCUGUGAUAACUGUGAGUCAUACCUUCAGAUGAAAGGAAAUCGAGAAAUGGUGUACGAGUGCACAAGUUCCUCAUUUGAUGGAGUCAUAGCCAUGAUGAGUCCUGAGGACAGCUGGGUUGCAAGAUGGCAGAGAAUUGGCAACUUCAAGCCAGGGGUAUACGCUGUCACAGUGACAGGACGACUACCUCCAGGUGUGGUGAGAGAGCUGAAAAGCAGAGGCGUGAUCUACAAAUCCAGAGACACGGCGGUGAAGACAUAAACCCCUUCCUCCCUGCUUUACACCAGCUGACACAGCGUUGCAUUAUGUUGUAAGAUCGAUUCCUGGUAGAGGGAACAAUGAAAGGACGACAUUUUGGAUCAGGGCGCUGUUUAAGUGCAAGCCUGCUUAUUUUUCCACUUUCACAUGAUUUCAUUCAAUCAGCUGUCCAAACUUAGUUUUUUCUUUUUUGGGGGGGGGGAUUUUUUGCCCCCUUUUUCUCCCCAAUUGUAUCUGUACAAUGACCCCACUCUUUCGAGCCGUCCCGGUCGCUGCUCCACCCCCUCUGCCGAUCCGGGGAGGGCUGCAGACCACCACAUGUCUCCUCCGAUACACGUGGGGUGGCCAGCCGCUUCUUUUCACCGGACAGUGAGGAGUUUCACCAGGGGGAUGUAGCGCGUGGGAGAAUCACGCUACUCCCCCCAGUUCCCACCCCCUCCUGAACAGGUGCCCCUGACCGACCAGAGGAGGCACUAGUGCAGCGACCAGGACACAUACCCACAUCAGGCUUCCCACCAUACAGACACGGCCAAUUGUGUCUGUAGGGAUGCUCGACCAAGCCAGAGGUAACACGGGGAUUCGAACUGGCGAUCCCUGUGUUGGUAGGCAACGUAAUAGACCACCACACCACCUGGAAGCCCUGUCCAAACUUAGUUUUAGAAAACCUUAAAGAUUGUUGUAUGUUGUGUGUGUUUCAAAUGUUCAUUAUGGCGUGGGUGAAUAGGUUCCCGUUCCUUUUCAUACAGAAGAAUAAUUGAUGUCGAAUAAAUUUUGCUUUUAUAAGAAA